AUUUUACGAACGCUUGAAAAAUCAAGGUCAGGCCGUCCUACUAUCGAAAAUCUGUUUAAAUCAUUAAGUUGUCGUUCCAAACAUUUGUCAUCUUUGAAUAAUGGCCACCGUGUCUAAACACAAGAAAGUGAGGAUCAUGAAACAGAAGUUAAAACUUUUUCGAGCCAAUGAACCAUUAAAAAGUGUACUGAUGUGGGGCAUAAAUUAUUCGUUUUCCGCUCUAAAUCAUGUGAAGCAACGUGCACUGUUAUUAAAAGACGAUUUCAAAGCAUAUAUGAAAGUGAAGGUUAAUAACCACCAUUUCAACAAAGAGAAUAUGCCUAGUAGAUUCAAGUUUAAGGAGUACUGCCCAAUGGUGUUCAAGUCAUUACGAGAUCGAUUUGGAGUUGACAAGAUGGAUUAUUGGGACUCUUUCACCAGACACCAACCAUUGUGGGAUAGUACACGUGGAAAAUCUGGAUCGAAAUUUCUAGUCACGUAUAAUCGACAAUUUGUGGCCAAAACAAUCAGUUCAGAAGAAGUUGAACAAAUGCAUCAAAUGUUAGAAGAAUAUUAUUCUUACAUUGUCAAAGGACACGGUCAAACACUGCUUCCUCAAUUUCUUGGACUUUAUCGACUUACAGUGAAUGAUCAAGAGUCGUAUAUCUUAGUAAUGAGGAAUGUGUUCAGCCCAAGACUUGCGAUUCACAAGAAAUAUGAUUUGAAGAAUAUUCUGUAUUCAAGUCAUCAUGUGAAACGUUCUGUAAGUAUUCAUUCCUUCGUCGCUCAUGGGUCGACUGAAUUGUCGAGUUCCAAGAUCAACAUUGACAAUCCUGUGACAGUUUUAGACAAGGAGCGUAAACGUCGUCUACGGAUUAAAAAGCAUUCGUUUCAAAGUACCACAGGUUCGAAGCCCUUGCCAACUCUGAAAGAUGCAGAUUUUCUAACAGAUUUGUGCAAAAUGCAUAUUGGUGAAGAGUCUAAAAAGAAGAUGUUAAGUACUCUGGAAUGUGAUAUACAAUUCUUACAGGAGAACAAUUUGAUCGACUACAGCCUUCUUAUUGGAGUGCAUAAUCCUGAGAUUGCAUUGGCUAAUUCAAUUGAGGAUGCUGGUGAUGACGGUGAAGGUACUGGUGGUGGUGGUGGUGGUGUGUUGGAGCCUAACAGUCGAGGCUUCGAUGAUAGGAUGGUGUCUGCAGGUGACGGUCUAGGAACACUUAGCUCACAAUGGCAAUGUGGUCGUUUGUCGAUGGCUAGAUCGAGUAUUGUGCUUGGUCUGAGCUCGUCAGCAGCUGCCGAGGCUGCUAGUUGUGGUGUUGGUGUUGUUACUGGGAAUGCGAGCACAGGUGAUGAUGACGAUGAAGAGGAGGACGGGAUCAGUAUACCAGAGAACAAUACACAAGUCCCUACAAGUGAAUUGACCCCACCCGAUAGUCCACCUGGUGCAGAAUGUCUACCUCAAUUAUUCUCAGGUGAAUUGCAUCCUACUUUAGAACAUUAUGGAAUCAAAAGUUCAAUUGAUUCUCCUCAUCCACUGAUCUAUUUUGUGGCUAUUAUCGACAUACUGACUCGUUAUGGGAUGCGUAAACGUACAGCGCAAACUUACAAAACAGUGAAACAUGGUGCUGAUGGUGGUUCUGUGAAACCGGAAUUCUACGGUCGUCGUUUAUUUGAAUUUGUUGAACAGUGCAUUGACUGAGCGGAAUGAGGAGUCUUAUUUGACCUGUGUAUGAAUGUACGCAUCAUUCCCCCGCUCGCACUCUAUCUCUCUAUUUAUUUAUCUAUCUAACUGUGUAUGUAUGUUGUUUGCUGUAUCGAGUUCCUAUGUGUUUGUAUAUAAUGCGUGCAUAUCCAACUAUUCAACUAUGUAAUUGUACACAUAUGGUGCUAAAGCAUGCAUACACACCUACAUACAUGCAUUUAUAUAUGGACACAGACACGUACACUCUCACACUCACAUAUAUUAUGGAUAAACAGACGGGCAUGGCCGUGUUGCCCGUUGUGGUUCCAGUGUUGAGGAAUUGUGAUCAGAAACCUUGUUUUUUCUUUUGUUUCGCUGCAUUUUUAUUUUAUCGAGUACUUAUUUAUCUUUUGUUGAUUACUUUGUGGACACUUUCAAGUGUUCAGCGUGUGUAUAUGUGACUGACAUUUGAUUGGUUAGAUUGUUUCUUUGAAGAAUACUGACUGUGAUAUUGGGAUAGUUGUUGAAGGUGGAAUGAUGUUUGAUGUGAGUGAGUGAGAUUGGUGAUUCAUUGUAAGCAGUGUGAUUGUGUUUAUUACAUGAGAAUUUAGUAUGAUGAAAAUGAAUAAUGAAUAGAUUGAUGUUGUUAUAUAAUGUUGAGUGAGAUUAGCGGAUUUUAGAUUGACAGUUAGAUGAUAUCACAAUAUUAAUUGAUUAUUGAUUUUUUGAUAUUUAAUAAUUUGUCGUAGUUAAUUGUUUGAAUGAUGCUUAUUAUUUCUCGUGAAUUCUUCGUUGCAUUAAUAAUUGUAUAAAGAGUAUAAUG